AUGGACGCCGGGAGAAUGCCGUCAUGGCCUCUUAGGCAGGGCGAGGAAGCGGUCCUGGAUGAAAACAGUGCCCGAGAUGACAGCGAGGCUUCCCACCCGGCCGAUGCUGGGGACGUUCCUCAAGGUGCCAGUGAGCCUGAGGAAAGCCGACAGCAGUCCUCUGUAGGUGUAAGUCUUUCUGGACCAGUGGAGCAGGAACCUGAAAUCAAGAGCGAAUCAAGUUCUGAGGAUGAAUCUUCGAAUCUCGAACCAGAACUCCCACUCAGGAUGGAGAAGAACCGAGAAUGUCCUGGUGCUCGUUCGAACGACAGGUGUGGCAUCUGGUCUCGGUUUAUUCCCCCAUGGGCGUACGCGCCGGCACCAGGGCGACGGCUGCACAACACGGAAGAAGAGGUCGACGAGGAGGACUUUACGCCCUUUAUGAUUUGA